GCCAGCACCAAGUCAAGCAAGGGACAUGCGAAGUUGUGGCAGUGCAUCGUUGCUGCAAUAAGAACCGGAUUGAAGAGCGAUCGCAAACUGUCAAGUGUUCCUGCUUCCCAGGGCAGGUGGCUGGUACAACAAGGGCUCAGCCCUCGUGUGUGGAAGCUUCCAUUGUCCUGCAGAAGUGGUGGUGUCAUAUGAACCCCUGUUUGGAUGGAGAGGACUGUAAAGUACUACCAGACUAUUCAGGUUGGUCUUGCAGCAGUGGAAAUAAAGUCAAAACCACAAAGCUCAGCUUUAGCAGGAAGAUGGAGGCCAACAGCAACACCUCAGGAAACCGGCCGUACGUUCAACUUGUCGUGGUGGGGCAGCCUCGGGACAUGCUUCCUGUGGGAGACCUAACCAUGUCGGAGCCACAGCACAAGGCAGGUCCAUCUCCUGUUCCUCAGUCUGGGCAUGACAGUGAGGUGCUGGCACAUCCUGCUGUGGGGAUGGAUGGCACCAGGAGGUCCAGAAAGGGAUCAGCCAAAUUGAUGAGCCACAUGCGGAUAAGUGGGACAGUGGGAAGAAGAGGCUGGGGCAGUCAGAUGGACGAUGGAACAGAACUGCUGGAUGUUAUUGCCGGGGGGGACUGCACGAUGAGUGGAGGAGGAGGAGGAGGAGGAAGAGCAGGAGUAGGAGCACCGGGCAGGCAGCUGCGGGAGAGCAUGUGCCGUAACGGCAGUGCUGCUCUCCUGGUGCCCACCGCUGUGCUAAAAGGAGGUGUGCCCUUCUAUAUCGAUUAUUGUCUUAUCUCAAAACAGUCAUCAAGAUGA